GUGGAAUCCGAGAUUCUCAAGACACUAUCGCAUCCGUCAUGCUUCGGGCUGGAUGAGAUUGGACUCGACCACCAGUACACAUUCUCACCGCUAGAUGUCCAACAAACAGUAUUCGCCCAGCAGCUGCCAAUAGCCAUGGAUCGUGGCAUCUCAAGAUCUCAACAACAGUGCAUACAUGAGAAGCAGAGGAGGAUACAGAGAAAAUCACCAAGGAAAUCGUACCCUAGGACCACCAGGUACGACUGCCUGAACCAUCCACCCUCGUUCCAAGCUAACGUUUAUCUCCAGGUCCACGUUCACUACUUCACCUUCGACCUCGGCCUGCUGUGGUACUUUCCACAUCUCCGCAUGGGCUUGACAGCCGUCGUCUGCUACUCUCAACAUUGCCAAACAAUGUCGGCCGCCAAUAACAAGCGGAUUCUGCUGGAGACUGAUGCUCCAUCCGUGGUUCUAGCGAACGUGUAUGGCACUCUUCAGUCAAGGUUGCCAUUCUCGCACUCUCUGACGAUGACGGCAGAGUUCGUGGCGAAUGUUGUGAUGUGGAGCAGAUGUCGGACAUGUCGAGAAGGGAUUUGUGACGCUACCAACUGUACAUGCCGUGCGUGA